ACAAAAAUGGAGUCCGGAUUUGUUUUACUUGCGUGAGUGCAAAGCCCCCAUUAUUGGUAAACAUUGGGCCAAAAUUUGUCGCAUUAAAAUGGGGCAUAGCUAAUCGCUUUUAUCGCUAAACGAUUCGUGAAUGUAUGGGAAAUAUGAAGAGAAAAUUAAAUAUUUUGGAACUACGGCGCCUGAGGGAAUGUGAACAACAUGUUAGCCAACGGGAAGAGGAGGUAUCCCCCAGGAAGAAACGUGCACCCACAGGAGUCAUCAACCAUGCUGGCAGGACUCCGAAGAGUUCCCGAAAGGAAGACCCGCGCGAACAUCAGAAUCUCAGCCGUGAGGAGAUUGCACUUAUGUUUAUGGAGGUUUCGGAGAAAAUUGAUCGCUGUUUCGAUUUCGAUCUGCAGAAAUGGCUCAAUCGGUAUGAGAGUCUUAGUCGCGGGACAACCAAUUUUCCGGAAGCUGCAAUGCUUGUGAUGAGUGCGGCGCAGAUUUACGGUCGAAAGGUAGAUUUUUUGGAGGAUAUUAUUCUGCACAUGGAUCAGGAUCAGAAAGGGCGAGAGGAUAGUAAAGAGGGUGAGAAGGACAAAGCGGAAAAAGCAACGGGUAGAAAGCGGGCGGCGCGGUUUCAGCCGCAAUCAUUAUCGGAUUGUUUUAGCGAUCUGGAGUUUAGUUAUAUAGAUAGAAAAACGGUACGGCUUGAGUCGUUGGUGGCACCAGUAGAACCGCUAGGGGUGGAUCGAAGGAACAAGUUUCAACAAAUGCAGGAGUUGUGCUAUGAGCUGAGAACUAUGCCAACCAAGCAGCGCAGGCAGGAGAUUUUGCACCGAUUGAGGGACGAAGCCAAUAUUCCGUCAAUUAUGUCCAGUCAUACAGCGGCCAGGAAAAAUCAGAUUCUAGAUUUGGAAUCCGGGGAAACUAUCGGAACUCGGUAUGACUAUCAAAUCUAUUUAAAUUUCAUUGACGUCCGAACCGGAUCGUUGACUCCGGAGCAUGAUUUGAAAAGGUUUUUCCAACGUUGCGACGUGAUCGAUUAUUUAUUUGAACGACAAGAAAGCGAACGGGAACACUGCGAGCGAAGCGGGAGACCUGCACCGGAGAGGAUGUUUCCAUUGAUGCCGCGUGAGUUUAAAAUGUAUAUUCCUCCCGACUAUUUAAAGAACAAGUAUCGCAUCCAAAUGAACGAUACUUCCGAUUUUGAUAAUGAGCUGCACCGUGCUAGAAUCAGCAACUAUCAGGGAGAUCCGAUCCUUGAUUUGUUGAAGAGCAAGUUUGCUAAACAAGUUAAGGAAAAGCUUCCUCAAACUGGUCGAAAGUCGUCCCUGGGAAGGAGUACUCCAGAUGUUUCUUUUUCAAAUGUUUUGUGUUCUUCGAGAAUUGGGGAAGUCUCGGAAAAUAAUACAUUAGUGGAGGAGCAAGAUUCUGGCGCAUUUGAUGAUACGGAAUUUUUGGAUGAGAACCCUACUGAGCAUGAGAGUUCAUCAAACCAGGUAUCUUCCAUCGUAGUUACGGACAAGAAUGCAAACAUACAGCUAUCCGAGUUUGAUAAGUCUGCUAAUGCUGCAGUUCGCAUAGAAGAACAAUUAACCGACUUUCCGUCAGAUAUCAUAUCGGUGGAUUCUGUGUCGCCAGAAAAGUCUACUGUCGUCACGACUCAAACAGUUGACAAAUCCACCCUCAUACCAUCAACAACCGUACCGGAUGAUUCUGCGCCGGCAGAUAAAUCUUCUGAUCUCACAACUCAUACAGCAGAACAAUCAUCCGUUCUGUCAAAAGUUAUACCAGAGGAACCUGCCCCACUAUGUACAGCAGAAAAACAAUCGUCCGUUCCUCUGUCGGACGUCAUAUCAGAGGAAGCAGCGCCGUCCGAAUUCAACGAGCUAUUAGCUUUGGAAGAUGAUCAACAGGCAGCUAUCAAAGCAGCAGAAGCACGAGAACUAGCAUUAGAGACACAUUUGGAAGUCAACCCCAAGAUAAACUCGUUAAUGAAUUCCAAAGAAUCGUCCCCGGAACCAGAGCUGAUGGCCAUUGAAAAUCAACCGGUAACCGCAAUUGAUCCCAACUUGAAUCCACAACCAACCAGCCAAUCGCGACUUAGCUACGAAGACGAAGGCAUCGGUCCAGAGCGCGAUUCACCGGGACAACAAUCUCCGGUGGGUUUUUCGCGAACUACCACGCUUGACAGGCCGACGACACUGGGACCGCUGAAGCCGCUUUCGUUUGGCACAGGAACGGUAAUACUGGCGAGUACGCCGGUGAAGACGAUUAAGCUCAAACCGGCUCUGGUCACAUUGAACUUGCUGAAAAUCCCCGAAUGUCACCUAAGAAAGCAUCUGCUUUUUACGCUACCGGUCGAGUAUAAGAAGUUGAAAUUGGAUUUGGUGCGUAGAACGAGCAAUCGGGGAAAGGAUUUGUUCACAUUAGCGGUUUACAGUUUAAGCCCCCGUGCGCCGAAGAAUAAGGGUUGGAUGAAUCGAGCGGACACACCGGAACCGGAAGAUUUUCACGGGUUCGAAGACGAACUUACGGGUGAGGCAGAUACCGAAUGUUUGUACAGUUUAAGAUCGUUGAACGAGGAAAAGCGUCCAAAUGUCUCCCGCGCAUCAACGCCAGAAAACGAAUUCUACGGGUUCGAAAGCUUCGAUAACGACGAGCGCGAUGAUGUUGACGUUGAACCAUUGUCCUGUGUAUCACCUGUACAAUCCGUUUUGGAACCGGGCCGAAUAUCACCUGUCCCACCCGUUGAGGCAUUAGCCAGAAUAUCACCUGUACCACCCGUUAAGACACGCGCUAGAAUAUCGCCUGUACCACCCGUUGAAGCACCAACCAAUAUACCGCCUGUACCACCCGCCGAGGCUAUCCCACUCGGGAGGGAGGAAGAACGGCAUGCUGCGGGUUCAGAGACACUCCCGAUAGAAAGUGUGGAAGAGGUACCAAAAGUUGUUGAAGGCAAGCAACAACCGGAAAAGCCUCAGUCCGUUUCACAACAGACAACACCAAACCGGACGCUGUCACGUGACUCGGGAAUCUCAGAUGACCAGAGUGAUCGGCGAGGUAGUCGAUCGAAGGAGAGCACACCGGAACCGACUGUUGUUGUGCAAGAAACUGCCGUCGCUAGCGGUGAUCCAGUCAACGUGGAUCGGCCCACAGAAGAAGUAUCAGAACUGGACUCUGCUCCCACUAGCAAAAAAUACAUCCAAAGUGUGGCGGAAGCGAAGGAAAUGAUCGAGAAAGUUAACAACUGGCAUCGGAAGUUGAAACCAAUUUUGAUUCAGUCGGAAAAGCGAAAUCACUUUGAUAUCCAUGCCUAUGGAACGGAGAUCAUCGAAUCGUUUGGUCCCGUUGAUACGGGAAGUUCAGCACCUAUCAUCAACUUCGCCCAGGUUAUGCAGAACAAGAAUCAAGAUUUUACGGCGCGAUACUUUCUGUCGAUGCUGAUGCUGGCCAAUACCAACAACGUACAUAUUAUAGCGCGGGGCAAGAACCCCAACCGGUUGACCAGCAAGGAGGACAUUGAGCUGCAUCUGCUUAGUAGGAUGCGCCACCAUCAGGAGAUGGAAAGCAUGGGCGAAAAGAUUCCCUGCGAUAAUACACCGACUGGCAAAGCUAUCAGAGACGCGAACAAAUCUCGGGGGAAGAAGCGAAAGAGGCUUGUGCAGGAUAAUGACGAAGGAUUGGCAGACGAAGGCGAUAGUCGGCUGCGAGGAAUUCGUCGACUGCCGGACGAUGAGGAACCAGAUCUUGAUUUCCUGGAUAAAAUUCAACGGAUCUAUCCGGAUAUCAAUGGCGCAGACACUGUACGGAAGCGGAUAGCGUUCCGUAGAGGUAUGCGCCAAUGUGCUUAUGGAUUGUCGGCGAAUGAAACGCACAAGGAGCAGGGUGGGGCUUCUGAGGAAAUUCCUUCAGAACCAUCACAGAAACAGAAGCAAUUGAAUGAGGAACCGGACGAACUACUAUCGGUAGAUUUGUUGACGAAUGAAGCCGUGAUAGUGCCGAUUACCAUCGAUCCGGAACCUUGUUGUUCCAAAAGCAUAUUUUCUCUAGGCGAAUCCGGAUAUGAAUCGAUCCUAGGGGAAGGUGAUUGUUAAUUUCCAAUAUCUCAGCACGUAGCGAGAAAUUGAUUUGUUUAAGCAUUAGGUAGAAAGUUCACACCAUUUGACGAGCGAUAAACUUUUUUCACCUCUUUAUCCCUUUUCUAAGUACAAAUUUAAUUGUAAAAUUUUAAGAACACCAACUAUUUUUUUGAUUUUUUUCGGUAAAGACCUUUGCGUUCGAAGAAUAAUACGAAAGUGGUCCACUUCACGUACUUGAAUAUAUAUUAUAUAUACACGAUUUAUUUUCUAGAUUUUUGUAGAAAUUGACAUCAUGCGCAUUUUUCCUUAACAUAACAUCCCAGUUUAUAUAUUUGCAUUUUAUUUAUUUUUUUUUGUUGCACUUCAAACACCUAACGAUUAAGUUCAAAUCACCUAUUGAUCGAUCCCAGUGACAAAGCUCUUUUAAAUAGCUGAAUUUCUUUACAAUUUCACGGUAAAAAGUUCUACUUUCGAUUAACAAAACAUUUAGUACUAGAUUUUAGACGCGUAGGUAACUACUUAGUUUUGCACACCCAGACUUCAGAAAUGUAUAUACAGCAUAAAAAAGUUGACGAACAAAACAUUGGAUUAGUAAGAAAAAUAGCAGAGUUUAUCGUAACAUCGGAUAUAUAUUUUGUAAUAAAAACGAAUUGAACUAA